AGUUGGCUCUGUUGCCUCGCACCAGUGUAUGCAUGGACAUUGCCUGAGUAUUAUGGCUAUGGCGGCGCCGAUUGUUCAAUCGCCUUUGAGCGGAUGGCCAACGCCGAAUCAUCCAGAGACAAAUGGAGAUACAAAUGUUGGAAUUGAUAUACAAAACACUCGUACAACGGCACCAGCUCCUCCAGCUCCUCCACCUCCUCAACCUCCUCCUCCACCUCCUAAACUAGAGGAUGCUGCCUCUACGGAAGAUGGGGAUAACAAUAAUAAAUCAGGACAGACUAUUGAGUGCGUCGUUUGUCAAGAUAAAUCAUCAGGAAAACACUAUGGUGUUUUUACGUGUGAAGGUUGCAAGAGCUUUUUCAAACGAUCCGUUCGAAGGAAUUUAACGUAUACUUGCCGCGGAAACCGCAAUUGUCCUAUUGACCAACACCACCGUAAUCAAUGCCAAUAUUGUCGACUAAAAAAAUGCCUCAAAAUGGGAAUGAGAAGAGAAGCUGUUCAGAGAGGUAGGAUUCCUCCAACAGCCCCACCUCCGUUUCCCGGUCAGAUGUCCUUGCAUAAUGGUGACCCAUUAAAUGGACACUCUUAUUUGGGCUCCUUUAUCUCUAUGCUUCUACGGGCAGAACCUUAUCCUCCUUCUCGUUAUGGCCAGUGUAUGCAGCCCAAUAAUAUUAUGGGUAUUGAGAAUAUAUGUGAACUGGCAGCGCGUUUGCUAUUUUCUGCCGUUGAAUGGACUAGAAAUAUUCCAUUCUUUCCUGAUCUCCAAGUAACUGAUCAAGUUGCCUUGCUCAGAUUGUGUUGGAGUGAAUUGUUUGUGCUGAAUGCAGCUCAAAGUAACAUGCCUCUACAUGUGGCUCCGUUGCUGGCUGCUGCUGGACUUCAUGCCUCUCCAAUGGCAGCUGAUCGAGUUGUCGCCUUUAUGGAUCAUAUACGAAUAUUUCAAGAACAGGUUGAAAAGUUAAAGGCUCUACACGUAGAUCCUGCAGAGUAUUCAUGUUUAAAGGCUAUUGUCCUCUUUACGUCCGAUGCCUGCGGUCUAUCUGAUCCGUCUCAUAUCGAAUCGUUACAAGAAAAAUCGCAGUGUGCUCUGGAGGAAUACGUUCGUACUCAAUAUCCAAACCAGCCGACAAGAUUCGGAAAACUACUGCUACGUCUUCCUUCAUUAAGAACAGUCAGCUCACAAGUAAUUGAACAAUUAUUUUUCGUCAGGCUCGUCGGAAAGACGCCUAUAGAGACAUUGAUUAGAGACAUGCUUCUUUCCGGCUCUUCCUUUAAUUGGCCAUACAUGGGUUUACCUCAGUAG